AUGUACGGUAUCAUUGACUCUUUCGGGAAUGAAAAUGUCCGCCGACGCAAGCGCGCGCGCCGAGAGAAGGAGCGCCAUGAUAAUUCUAUAUCUAAUACACACAUUCCGUCCUGGAGAAGGGUCGCCAUAUCGAAGCCCCUCUCUGGCCCGCUACAAAAUACAGAGCUGCGCUUCCGUAUCAGUCAGAUUGACAGUGCCCCAGACGUCGUCGGUCCUGUUAUAUCCCUCCUGCUGGCAGUAGAGGCCUUGUUUCAGAACGUCGGUGGCUCUAGGAGGCUGGAACGUAUUGCCUCUCUAGGCCACGCCGGCCUCGUCGACUUCCGCGCGCGUUUCGUCGAGGGAGACCCCCGCGUUACCCGCGCUAUGCGUGAGGGGCUCGGCACCUCACUGAACGCCAUCCGCGACGCCAUAGCAUUUGCUGAGGGCCUGCUGCUAGUUGACCGAUGCAUUGAGAUGGUAAAGGAUGAUGCCGUAAGGCUUGAGGUCGAAGCCAUAGCAUCCAUGAUGCGACCUCCACCGGAAACUCCUUUGCACGAAGGCCACUUGAUUUCUAACUGA